AUGCCUCCCUUGGUUUCCCCUGCGUAAUCUUUUGGAGAUCCUGAGAGAAGGCAUCAGACGCGCGCCUCGCUGGUGCCCUCCAUACCGUCGCCGCCGACGGCAGGGAGGUGCGCGCAGAAGCCAAUUCCCCUGGCUUUGAUGGGUUUGAGGCUCUCAACACUGGGCCUCCGACCGUGCUUCUAAUCGGCCCAUGAUCUGCUUUCUACUAGUUCUUUCUACUACAGUCGUACUGUCGUAGUUCCCUUGUCUCAAAAAAAAAAAAGAGAGUCGUAGUUCGUCUCGGACUCGCUGCGGCUUCUCCAUCCCUAUUCCCGAAACCCUCUCUGGCCGGCAGCGCGACAACCUCCCUUUCUUCUUUGGGGGCUCUCUCCGUGCAGGCGAGGCGCCGAGGACAGGGGCUAGCGGUCCCCGGGCUCCUAGUUAUUCCCCGGUUCGCCGGCCAUGGCGUCUGCAGCGGAGGCCGCCGGAGACGCCUCCACCUCCGCGGCCGAGGUGCGGGAGAAGCCCGUCGUCGUCCGGGUCAAGCGCAAGCCCUCGCAGGCCCGCCUCGACGCUUUCUGGCUGGAGAUCAAUGAGAGGCCCAUGAAGAAGGCCAUGCUCGAUUUCUCGAGCCUCUCCAUCUCCCAACCCUCCUCCAGUGCCCAAGCUUCAGAGGAACCACGGGUGAAGAAGCUUCUUGUCCAGCAUGUCGAGACAGUCCAUCAUUCUGGGGCUGUUGAAGACGUUCUUCACUCCCUUUUGCAUUCUGACCUGAGCACCAAAGAGAUAAAGAGCAAGACAAAGGAGAGGAAUGAAAGAAUGAAGCAAGACAAAAAACAAGACCAGCUACGUUCAGCAGCCAGACAGAGACAUGAGAAUCUUGGAAGAAAUGCCCGCUUUGCACAAAUAUGGAAGAGUCGGAAAGGAGACAAUAAUGAGGUUGAUGAAACACUGAGAGAAAUGUGUCAUCUUUAUGAUGCUGUCCAAGUAGAUUCUGAUGGAGAGAAGCAUCCAGCAGAACCACAGAUGACCUCUGUCGAAGAGGGUGCGAUUUUAUGCAACUUUCUUCCGCUUCUACGGGAACACUUGCCGUCGGCUGCUGAAGAAAUCGAAUCUGAUAUUGUUUCGCUAGCACAGUCAGAAGAUUCAGAUGUUUAUGACAUAUAUACUGUCAAGGAGGUGGAUGAUACAAACAUGGAGGAGGGCGCAUCUGCAGCUUCAUACCCACUGUUACAAGUGGACGAUGAGGAUGGCGAAUGUUACGAUGAUGAUGAGUAUCCAUAUGACACGGAUGACUCAAAUGCCGAAGACAACCCACUCUAUGAUUAUCCUGAAGAACUUUCAGAGGAUGAGGAUGAUGAUAGCAGUGACGAGAAUCCAUUUGCGGAUAUAGAUGGCUCUGGUUCCGAGUACGAGAAUGAAGAGGUGGAAAAAUCCGAUGAGGAGGAGUAGCGGCGGCAGCAAAAUAAUGUUUUAGCUGGGUGUAAUCUUUGACGAUGAAAUAGGAUGAGACAACCUCUUGCGUUCGUAACUCAAGAGGAAAUUCAUCGCUAGCCCCACUGUCACCGAAACAUUGUAUUGGCGUUAUGAGGAAAGACCGUUGAUCUGGUGGACUUCUUUGUGUUUCUUGUUCGGUCAGCAGUGAUCUAGCUGGGUUGGUGCUGCUGCUAGUAGCUCCCAAAGAUGGGUUGCGUUAGGCGUGUCUGCCUCUGAAUCCAGGUUAGUGUUGAAGAAGAGUGGGUUCCUGGAAUCUUAGUGAUAUCUUUUUAUCA